GGUUGGUCGUGUUGUAAGAGAAGAACAACAGACUUUUCUGACUUCUUAAGCAUUGUGGGCUGUACAAAGGGUCUCCAUAACAGUGAGAAACCUCCUGAGCCUGUUAAACCAGAAGUCAAAACUACCUCUGAACGAAAGGAGCUAGCUGAACUGAAACCCAAAUUUCAAGAACACAUAAUUCAGGCACCAAAACCACUGGAAACAAUUAAAAGGCCAAGCCCAGAUGAGCCAAUGACAAAUUUGCAGCUGAAAGUGUCAGCUUCCUUGAAGCAAGCACUAGAUAAACUGAAACUGUCAUCAGAAAACGAAGACAAAAAAGAGGAAGACAGUGAUGAAAUCAAGACUGGGACGGCGUGUAAAAACGCAGGCUGUUCAAAAACGUACGAAGGACCACACAGCACAGAAGAAGUAUGUAUGUACCAUUCUGGUGUACCUAUAUUCCAUGAAGGGAUGAAGUACUGGAGCUGCUGUAAAAGAAAAACAUCUGACUUCAAUACAUUCUUGGCUCAAGAAGGCUGCACGACAGGGACUCAUGUAUGGACUAAAAAGGAUGCGGGUAAGAAAGUAGUUCCAUGUAGGCAUGAUUGGCACCAGACUGGAGGAGAAGUGACUAUUUCUGUAUAUGCUAAAAACUCUGUUCCUGAUCUGAGCUUCGUAGAAGCAAAUAGCACAAUGUUAAAUAUCCAUAUUGUAUUUGAAGGAGAAAAGGAAUUUCAUCGCAGUGUGAAAUUAUGGGGAGUAAUCGAUGUAAAGAGGAGUUAUGUGAACAUGACGGCUACGAAGAUUGAGCUUACUAUGAGAAAAGCAGAGCCCCUGUUGUGGGCGAGUCUUGAGUUACCGGUAUCCAACGCACAACAAAAAAAAGAGAAUUCAGAUCAAUAAUGAUGCCAAGAGACAAGUUAUUUCCCGUUAUGAAGUGGUGACUUGCUACUGUAAUCAGAUAUUUAACUUUUAUAUGGAUUCGGGUUUUUAUGCCAGAUCAUGUGUUCCGUUCUACAAAGGAAUUCGACGCACAAUAAACGAGGGUGUAAACCUGAAGGGUAACAGCUCUUCCUGCUCUUGCUCCCGUGAGUGUAUUUAUUCUAGUUGGAGUGUCUCCAUGGGAUUGAGAGUAAAAGAGCUGUUAGCCCUUGCUUACAACCUUACUUUUAAUGCACUGACUAUCCAGUAGAUGUGUUCUCAGUCCGCUGUGCAUGUUAUUUUUUCAAGUGUUCGGUUUAGACUGGAUCUACUGGGUAGCACGUGUUAAAUUCAGCACUGUUUGCUAUGAAGUACACAGUAAUACAGAUACAAAAAAAUCUGAGUUUAUGAAAUGAUUAAUGUGCAAUUCUACAUCUAGAAUAAAAAAAUACAUAAACAUAAAUGUGAAAGAACACUUGUAGACUUGCAUUUUUGUCUUCUGAAACUAAGGUUGGUUUCAAUACCCUUUGGCUGUGGAGGGAUGGAAUAAAAAGUAUUUUGCUAAG